AUGUGCGAGCAAGCUAGCGGUGAUUUAGUACGAGAUCCCGACGUUAUCCCGCUCAAUGAGAGAAGAAGAUUGGUACAACAGGCUCUAGACACGUGUUCGUUCCCACCUCAGAUUGUCUUUCCUGAAUCUUGGGUUCCAGAAGCAAGAAGACGAUGGAAGCGUCCGUUCUGUGUGGACGUCGGAUACAAGUAUAAUGUUCUCUAUGGGAAGUACCAGUGCACCCGCAAAGACGUUUCAACGUUGAGCUCUAGCUUUCUCGAGGCUAACCCAGACGUGGCAGUACAUCUCCCGUUCGUCAUUAGCAAGAAAAUGGGGUUUUCUAAGGGGUUAAUGGAGCACGUUCAUGAAGGAAUUCUCUCUCCCAAUGGAUUAUCGCGUGCUUUGAUCGGCCAGAAGUACCGCGAAAAUGCCGCUUAUUUGCCGCCGAUCCCGCCCACCGUCGAUGCAUACCUGAAAAAAAACAAGGUGGUGUCACAAAGCUCAAUGACCGACGCCUGGAUGGCGUACACUGAAUUAUACGGCUCUCUGUGUGAAGUAGUAAUGAAGCAGACCAAAGUGAAGAAGGUCCUGCGUGCUGAUCACUCGGUGAAGUUCUGCAAACGAUUGAAACUGUGGAGCGGUCAUGGACAACGUGAUAAUCUAGCAGACGCAAAAAUGUUGCUUCUGUUGCAAAAUGAAAUCGGGCAGAUAGUUGGUCGGCACGGCGACUGCUAUUUCAUCUCUGAUAAUGCGGCAGCCGUGCGGAAAUUCGUUGUGGAAGCGCUGGGCGAUUCUGUCGUUGUCAAACAUGAUCCUUUCCAUGUGAUUCAACGCUUCAGCGAAAAGCUGAAGUCAAAACCCAAGCGGAAGUUGCUGUGCCAGGAGUUGUCAAGUGCGAUGUAUGACGUAGACCGUGAGUUAAGACCCCCGGUGGAAAUGGAAGCUAACUUGCGAGCAGUGCUUAGCAAGAUAAGUGAUAGCGAGUUGGGGUGUACUCCAGAGAAAUGGAGG